GCUGAAGCCUGUUUAUGAUUGUCCUGUGGGCUGUGAUGGCAACUGGCAAAAGUUCUCGUUCUUUUCAUGCGUCAACUGGCAACUCGAGGGGUCAGAUGCUAUCGCUAUGUUGGCGCUGAGCAACUGGUAAGGCAUUUUUAUCUACAUACACAAAAUUCUCGCAGAGUCUUGUAUGUCGAGUACAACGAUAUCUUUGCCUUAUAGCACAUGGAUACUCCUCGGAGCAUACAUACUGAGACAACUUCGAAUCAUGGUGAACCUCUUCUACAACUUGUUCCCCCGAUGAAAUGGGCUUUUGGUAAUGCGUGUAUACGAGACGACGAACUAGAUAGGAGUGCAUUGAGUGUGAUCACAGUCAGAAAUGAUAAGACCAACAGCAUCCUUGAUCCACCAUCAGCGUAUCUAUCCAGGGUGUACUCCGUAGUGUGUACUCAAUCCAACAGGAUCAGUCGAGGAUCAGUCAAUGUUCUGCAAGUCCUAUCUACACCGAAGCUCAGCCGAGCCGAGACCAUUUGGAUAGCAGAAUUUUCUCCUGCUGUCAGCCACACGCGGCUCCCUGGUGGCAGGCCUGGCCAGGAACCGUACUAUCCGUACGACUACCGAGUUCAACCACGGACACGACCACGGAGGGCCCGGAUGAUGAGAAAAUUUUUCGAACGGACAUCCCGUCCCUAGAGUUUUGGCAGUAGUACUAGUAUUAAUCAUUUCGAUAUCCAACAGUCAAGAUAAGAUUCCCCGCUUCAAGAGUCUGGGGAAUUUUUAUUA